AUGGCUGAACCUACCACUGCCGACCUCUUGAAGGAGCUCAAGACCAUGUCCCACGAACUCACAUCCUUGAAGGCCGAUAUGGCGGCCACGAAGGACAAAGCCUCGACGGCCGACAGCUCUGACACAUGGCAUCGUGAGGGGUUUCGUGACCUCAACCUCCCUCCCUGGCCCAAGAAGUGGGAUUUUCCCCGCUACGACGGCACCCCCGAUCCGCUCCUCUUCCUCAACAAAUUCGAGGCGUACUUCCGCCACCACUGCACCAUGGCUGAAGAGCGCAUGGGCAUGGCGUCUUACCACCUGGACGAUGCCGUGCAGACCUGGUACACGCAGCUGCUUGAAGAUGAGGGUGCUCCGACGUGGGGACGUUUCAAGGAACUCCUGAACCUACGUUUCGGACCACCCCUGCGUUCGGCCCCGCUCUUCGAACUUGCGGAGUGCAGGCGCACGGGAACGGUGGAGGAGUACUCCAACUGUUUCCAGGCCCUCCUGCCACGUGCUGGCCGUCUCGACGAAUCCCAGCGAGUCCAGCUUUUCACGGGUGGUCUUCUGCCGCCUCUCAGCCACGCCGUCCGUAUUCACCAUCCGGAGACGCUGUCCGCCGCGAUGGGCCUGGCAGGCCAGGUGGAGCUGAUGGAGCGCGAUCGGCUGCCGCCACCAACAGCACGAGCCCCGCCGCGUGGGCUGUUACCGGCACCGGCGCCACGGGCCGCGCUGCCCGCGCCCGCGCCGCAGCUGGCCUUGCUGGCUCCACCAGCGGCUGCACCACCGGGUCGCGACGCAGCCAACCCCCGGUGUCUGACACCGGAAGAGAUGGCGGAACGACGUCACCUAGGUUUGUGCUUCAAUUGUAACGAAAAAUACACCCGUGGCCACAACAGGUUUUGCCGUCGCCUCUUCUUCCUUGACGGGGUGGAGAUUGACGACGUCGCGCCCACGGACGACGCGGCGGCCGCCGCUGAAGACGUGGAGGCGCCCGUGUUCUCCUUGGAUGCGGUCGCGGGCGUGCCCAUCGCGGACACGAUUAAGCUACCGGUGAAUGUCGGCGACGCCGAUCUCCUCGCCUUGCUAGAUGGAGGCUCGACGCACAGCUUCAUUGGCGAGGAGGCGGCGCGGCGCGCGGGCCUCCCGAUCCAGUCCAGCCCCCGCAUUUCGGCGGUCGUCGCCAACGGCGAACGCGUGGCCUGUCCUGGGGUCAUUCGGAACGCAGCGUUCACCAUCCACGGCGCAACCUUCCACACCGAUCUCUUUGUGAUGCCCCUCGCAGGUUUCGACGUGGUGCUCGGCACUCGGUGGCUCGGCACUAUGGGCCCCAUCGUCUGGGAUUUCGCCUCCCGGUUGAUGGCGUUCCAGCGCGAUGGCCACCACUUCGCCUGGACGGGCGUGGCUUCACCCUCGACAGCGCACCUGCGCACCCUCGCCGCGGCCAGUGGGGCGCUCCAGGACGAGCUCUUGGUCGCCUAUGAGGACGUGUUCGGCGAACCGACGGGCCUCCCACCUCCACGUGGCCGCGAUCACGCCAUCAUCCUAAAGUCGGGCUCCGCUCCCGUCGCCGUGCGCCCUUACCGCUACCCCGCGGCACACAAAGACGAGCUGGAACGCCAGUGCGCCACGAUGAUCGUGCAGGGCGUAGUCCGCCGCAGCGACUCACCGUUCUCCUCACCGGUCUUGCUCGUCAAGAAGGCGGACGGCUCCUGGCGUUUCUGCGUGGAUUACCACGCCCUCAACGCCCUCAGCGUCAAGGACGCAUUCCCGAUCCCCGUCGUCGACGAGCUCCACGGCGCCCGCUUCUUCACCAAGCUCGAUCUGCGGUCGGGAUAUCAUCAGGUGCGGAUGCGGCCCGAGGACGUCCACAAGACCGCCUUCCGCACCCACGACGGCCUCUACGAGUUCCUCGUCAUGCCGUUCAGGCGGUGCAACGCCCCGGCGACGUUCCAGGUGCUGAUGAACAACGUGCUUCGACCACUCCUUCGCCGUUUCGUGCUUGUCUUCUUUGACGACAUUUUGAUUUACAGUGAGUCGUGGACCGACCACCUCCGGCACAUGCAGACCAUCCUCUCUGUGCUCCGUCAGCACCAGCUGUUCGUGAAGCGCAGCAAGUGCACCUUCGGCGCCCCCUCCGUCUCAUACCUCGGCCACGUCAUCUCCGAGGCGGGCGUCGCCAUGGAUCCGGCCAAGGUGCAGGCGAUCCACGAGUGGCCGGUCCCUCGUUCGGCACGGGCGGUGCGCAGCUUCCUCGUCCUCGCCGGUUAUUACCGGAAAUUCGUCCACAACUACGGCGCCCUCGCCGCUCCACUGACGGCCCUCACCAAGAAAGACGGGUUGUCCUGGACUGCGGACGCCGCCGCUGCCUUCGACGCCCUUAAGGCAGCGGUGACAGCAGCGCCCGUCCUCGCCAUGCCCGACUUCACCAAGCCGUUCACCGUCCAGUGCGACGCGUCCACCUCCGGGUUCGGUGCGGUGCUGGUCCUCGAGGGCCACCCCCUGGCGUUCUUCAGCCGUCCCGUGGCUCCACGCCACCGCGCCCUCGCUGCCUACGAACGGGAGCUGAUCGGCCUGGUGCAUGCCGUCCGUCAUUGGCGGCCGUACCUCUGGAGCCGGCGCUUCGUCGUCAAGACCGAUCACUACUCCCUCAAGUACCUUUUGGAUCAGCGCCUCGCCACCAUCCCCCAGCAUCAUUGGGUGGGCAAGCUGUUGGGCUUCGACUUCGCCGUGGAAUACAAGUCGGGCGCGGCGAACGUCGUGGCUGACGACCUGUCAUGGCAUGACACGGAGGAGGGCACCGUUCUGGCCCUCUCGGCGCCUCCCUUCGACUUCAUCGGCAAGCUGCAUGCUGCGCAGCGCCAGGACCCGGCGUUCACUGCCCUCCAUGACGAGGUCAGCGCCGGCACGCGCACAGGGCCCUAG